UUAGCCAUGGCUCGCACGAAGCAGACAGCCCGCAAGUCGACCGGCGGCAAGGCCCCGCGCAAGCAGCUGGCCACCAAGGCGGCCCGCAAGAGCGCGCCGGCCACGGGCGGCGUCAAGAAGCCGCACCGCUACCGGCCGGGCACGGUGGCGCUGCGCGAGAUCCGGCGCUACCAGAAGUCGACGGAGCUGCUGAUCCGCAAGCUGCCGUUCCAGCGGCUGGUGCGCGAGAUCGCGCAGGACUUCAAGACGGACCUGCGCUUCCAGAGCUCGGCCGUGAUGGCGCUGCAGGAGGCGUGCGAGGCCUACCUGGUGGGGCUCUUCGAGGACACCAACCUGUGUGCCAUCCACGCCAAGCGCGUCACCAUCAUGCCCAAGGACAUCCAGCUGGCGCGCCGCAUCCGCGGGGAGCGGGCUUAAAUGUGACCAUCCUUGCUUAAGUUAUAAACACAAAGGCUCUUUUCAGAG